UCACAGCGAUGACAGCUGUGACAGUUCGGGUUCCAUCUUAAGGAUUCAAAGUACUGUUGAAGAGUUAAUAAUAAUUUAUUUUAGUAAUGUAAAAUGAGGAUCUAUGAAUUUGGGCGUAUUUAACAGAGUAAAUUACAACGCUAAGGAGUCUGAGAGUGGUGGUAUGUACUCAGAGUGGGCGUCCCUAACUUCACUAAUUCAGAAUGGGAAUGAAGAGAGCCAGAGUGUGUUGGGGAAGUUCCCAAUGGGAUCUGGGAAAGAAGUGGCCAUGGCUGUGGUUAAACAGCUGGCUGCUAAUCUGGGUUUUGCUCAAGCAGCAGAACCUAGCCCCCUGACUACCGAUCGGGAAGUUCAGUGGUGCAUGGAGGUCAUUUGCUUUGGGAUGAGCCUGCCGCUGAAUGAGCAUGACACAAUAAGGGAUUGUGUUCAUGUAUACUGUGAAUGGCUGUCAGCACUUCAUCCAGUCCCUAAGGUCAGUGUUCCAAGGCCUGUGUGUGAGGAUCCUAACUUGUAUGCCAGGAAGAUGAUCUGUCACUUCCACAACCUGUUUGUUCCUCGCAAGGGUGAAGUCUGGUCAUUCCCUUACUUGGAUCUAGGUGCGGACACUAUCAACCGUCAGGCAGUCCUGUGUCACAGGGUGUUGCGAACGCUACAACACUUAGCUCAGGUUUCUACCAGCCUGACAAGAGAAACGUGGGAAGCACUAUUGCUCUUCCUGCUUGCUAUCAAUGAUACACUUCUUGCUCCACCCACAAUAAAAGAUGAUGUUGGUGAUCAGCUGUGUGAACGUGUGCUUAGUGUGCUGUUUGAGGUAUGGUUGCUGGCAUGUGCUCGAUGUUUUCCAUCACCACCUCUCUGGAAGACUUUCAGAGAAACAUGCAUGAACUGGCGGCAUCGAAUCGCCCUCAUCGAGCAGUGGAACCGUGUUAAUCUAGCCCUCACUGCCCGACUUCUUGAGUUUAUGUAUGGUCCUUCCUUCCCUGAGUUAAAAAUACCUGAGGAGGAUGCGCAGCUGAUACCAGUUGGAAUGAGUAAUGAUUGCAUUGCGCAGAGUUGGUUUCGGUUCCUGCAUUGCCUUGGCAAUCCUGCAAACCUCUGCAGACCGGCUGUGGUCUCACAGACUCAGAAAUUUCUCCAAUUUGCUAUCACAAGUGAGAAUGUCAUUGAUCCUUGUCAGCAUCCUUGCCUUGCUGCUCUGCCACUUAUCUUCCUCAAAGCCAUCAAGGGAAUUGCUGGGCAAGUGGAUGCUUUCCUAGGCAUUGCUCAGCCUUACUCGUGGGAGGAGUGUAGUAGCUCGUCAGACCGGGACAAGAAGGAGAGUGGCGUUUUCUCCCAUCCUACCUCUGCUACCCAUUCCCCUACUCCUCCACCCCAGCGCCGUCUCGCCAAGAGCUUUAGUGUAGCCCCUUCAGCAGUCACCAAGGGUAUUCCAAAAGCUUCAUUAAUUGGCCUGACCAGUAGCCGAACUACAUCAGUCUCUGCGGCGUCAAGCGGAAAUCCGUCAUCCGCCCUGAACUCUGGCCCCUCAUCUGCUUCAAGCCUUAGCUCUAUGGUGUCUCUAGGGGGAGAUUCUCGUCCUCCUCUUGCCCCAGCCCGUCCAAAGUGUAACAGUAUUCUUCACAUGUUUGGUGAAUGGUUAUUUGAGGCGGCUCAUAUUGGCUCAGAAGUUGUAUAUUAUGGAAAAGGUCCAGUACAAAGAAAUGAGGCCAGCGUGAACAAGCGGCCUAGUUCCCUACAGCUGGAUAGUCGCAAGGCCAGCCUUUCUCUGUCACAGCCCGGCUCACUGACUGAUGAGGCCGAUAUUCCUCCUGCUCUCACCAUUGACAAGUACGAAGCUGGACGAGCUGAGGCUCUUGGGGCACUUUGCUGCAUCUUCUGUGCCAAGAAAACAGGAGAAGAAAUACUUCCUGUUUACCUCGCUCGCUUUUAUCUGGCGUUGCAACAAGGACUACAUAUAAAUGAGAACCGGGAAUGCAGUGAAACUCUGGCCAGCAUCUUGCUGAAUUCGGCUGAUUUGUUCCGGCUUGACUUGGAUGGCGUUCAGGUGUUGCUUCCACACUUCAUUGAUGCACUGGAGAUUGUUCUUCCCGAGAAGGAACUUAAGUUGAAGUCACCAUCAGUAUUGAAGACGGAACUGCGAAGAGCCUCCAUUCAUCUCCUCCUCUCGAUGUUGGUUCUCCCACUGCAUUUCCAGAAUUUAACCAUUAAAGAAUUUGGAGGAGGAAGUUCAGAACGAGGUCCACUGACAUUUGCGCAGCUCAAACCUCGUCUUAUGAAUUUGCUGAUAAACGCAUUGCAAGUGGAAUCAGACCCACAGAAUGCUCAGAUGUUGCUAGGUGGUCUGCUUCUAAGUGUGCAGGAUUCUGCUAUUGCUGAGGAAGUUGAACCAGUGACACAACCAGACACUUGUCUAGGUAGUGAUAGCACUUCCAAUAUCUUGUCGUCUGCUUCUGAUACAAUUAGCUCACUCAGUCUUCCGAGUGAUUAUCGCAGCGUGAGCCUCGGUGGAAUGGAUGAUGUCUCACCCGAGACUCAAGACCAGUCAGAUGGCACAGCAUCAGCUGGGGCGUUUGGUAACAUGAUGUUCAUUGACUUCCCGAUGAUUGGACUGAACAAAAAUUCUGCCCAUGCUCUGUUUGUGCGUGCAACGUACCUUGUAUGUCAUCGAUUGAUCUCUUCAUGGAAGACAGAUCUCAAUGUAUCACUUGCUGCUUUGGAGCUGCUUGCUGGCUUAGCUAGGAUCCACAUUCGAGAAACAGCCAGGAGACUCACAGAUGCCCUGGAAUGUAAACGUGCGGUGAAGUGGUUGUGUGACUACAUUGUGUACCAGUGCUCACGUCCACCACCCGCACAUUCGAAGGACCUUCACUCGACCAUCGUUGCAGCAUUUCAGUGUGCUGCAGUGUGGCUUGUGGCUCACCCAUACCUGCUGGAGGACAAGGAAUGCCUUACUACUGUUCUAGAAGUCGUAGAGCUGGGAAUAUCUGGCUCCAAGUCUCAACGGAAGCCUGGCGAGCCUAUUCGUAUGAAGGAUGAGAAGGAAUUGAAGCCAGCCUCAAUGCGAGUGCGGGAUGCAGCCGAGGCUCUACUAACUAUUAUACUGGAACAGGUUGGUUACUUCCCAUCACCCUGUGGAGCAGAGUCCCUGUGGUCGUUACUAGAUGAAGUGGCUCUCCUGAGACACUGCAACUCCUGGCCAGGGGGAGAUCAUUUGUCGAGAGAGAUGGCUGUUGACAGGUUUCGUUACUUUGUUGUGGAGAACUCGACAGUGCUGGCAUUGCUUGAGGAACCUCUUGGAAAUGACCAAGAUCCCCAGCCAACAGUCACAGUUCUAAUCCGGGGACCAUUUGGUCGUCAUGCAUGGACAAUGCAGCUGAGACAUUUGCCACGUCAUAAGUCUGGAACAAAAUACCAUGCACCUAAUCCUGGGCGGCCGGUGCCAAUGGCUGAUGUCGGUGUGAGUCACGAUGUGAAGCACCGGUAUUUCCCUGAAAAUGUGGAUCGUAUUCCACAGUGCAAAGUGGACCGGUCCAUUCCCAGCAUGGAGUCCCUGCUCAUGGAUCCCAAUGUAGCAGCAGAACAUGCCCAUCUGUCCCAGUUGGUAGAACAGCAGACUGCAUUGGAAACUGCUGCAGGUCAACAGCGAUGUAAAGAAACUGAUGGCCCCUUCCCUGAGUGCACCCCACCCCCUGCCUGCCAUGAGUUCCAGACUGCUCGCCUGUUUCUCUCACACUUCGGCUUUCUGUCCCUUGAUGCAGCCAGUGGAAAUGUGGGCUCACGAUUGACAGCAUUGAACACAUCAUUGGAUGGUUUCUGUCAUGACCUUGAAGUACUCGAUAAUAUGAGCUCUCGUACCUGUGACACUGUGCAUGUAUUCUAUGUUCGAGCCGGACAGAAGACUGCUGAAGAAAUUCUUAGCAAUGUGCAGUCAGAAUCAACAGUGUCUCCUCAUUUCCUGGAGUUUCUGCAGUCCCUGGGUUGGUCCGUCAAUGUUUUCCAACAUCCAGGGUGGACUGGUCACAUAUCCACCAGCUGGAAGGUCACACAACCCACUUCAGAGCAAGCUAGGGCCCCAAGCAAC